AUGUACUUGGAGGAGCUUCGCCACCGCCUGCAAUGUUCGGAAGCAGUAGAGGUGCCUCAGACGGCGGGAGCUCAAGGGGUAGCGCAGACGCUUCGCGGUCUACUUGCACUGCAUGCAAGCACGGCACGUACUCAGGUAGUCUUUGUUCGCAGCCAGGCGCAAGUGGUCGACGUGGCGUACCGUCUCGACAGCGAUCUCCUAUACAUUCACGAAAGAUGGCUUCAAACUCCAAGCGGAGAGGCCAGCGGCAAGUCUUUUACCGAUGAGGGCGCUUUGGUCGGGCUGCAAAACGCAGAGGAAGUUUACCAACGAGCCAUAACUAUCAUUCGCAGCUCAAUUACCAAAGGUGCAUUCUUUCCGGACGCUGCUGUGCGCAACUUGAUGCGGAAGGCUCACCAGAAGUUGCGCGAGAUGCCACGCUUAAUCCGUCUGCAGCAAACAGUCGACGGACCGACGGUAUUCUUCACUACAGGUCACGGCCUAGACUUUGCGGAGCUGUGUGGCACGCAAGUCCACUACUUAGUCACUCUGCACCGAGCUAAGUGUCCGAUUACGGGUGGGCUUCUCUAUAAUCUCGGCCAAGAUACCUGUCCGUGCCCACGACAAGUGAUACCAUUGAGCACCCGAAAGGCAGUCUUUCCGGGUCUUGGCGGCGGGUCAUGGACGCCAGUAGUUUGCAAGGCGAAAGGUUUCGACGAACGUAAUGCUGGCUCGGGGGGUCCAUCCUAUCUCCAGGGCGAGAAUGGGGCAUUGAUUGGAACCUCGUUCACAGCCUGUCUGCCACUGUCUACGCCGGAAAAAUCUCCGUCUGCUGAGGCUGGCUUCAUGGGCCACUGGAUCACGCCUACUGAUCGAUUGACCGGAUCCGGCAACUACUGCCGGAACGAACAGGCUUGCGAGCCUCGCGAUAUAACGCCAAAGCUUGUGGAAGAGACUCGCGACAAGCAUCCGAAUCAAAGUGUCAAGAAAUUGACCUCGCAGUCUACUCAGAUUAGCCACGAUAUCACUGACGAGCGGAUGACUGAUGUGACGGAUUCUGUGAACGUGGCUGUCGAAGUGUCGGUCAACCGCAUCGACCAACUGACCGUUGCGUCCACCAAGGAGCCUCCUCGUGAGCUUCGCAAAAGGCGUCUCAGUGACCCCCACGGUACAAAUGUCACCGAAGGCCUUAAUCGACCAGUAAAUAGGGCCGUGGAGAAGGCCAUCAAUAGCCCAAGCAACAAAUGCCCUGAGUACAUCGAUAAGUCGGCCCAUGAGUCUGACAAAAAAAAGCUUGAGGGCUUCGUGGAGAACUCGACGGAAGAUCCAAUCGGUCAUGCCCUGGAUAUCCCAACCCAAGAGGCUCCUGAUGUUGACCAUCUCGAGCACGCUGACUGCCACGAGGUUGUGAAUGGCCCUAUCAUCAAGAUUACAAUGCACAAUGUCAUUGACACCGCCCUUGAGUCGGGGCCACCAUAUGACAAUAAUGAAUCCGGUAGUGAGGUUCAAAACAUAGAUCUGAACCUGUCUUCUUUGACUGCGAUCCCAUCUAGACAUAACGAGGCUGAUUCACUUCCACCUCACGAAGGAACAAGCACCGAGAGCAACGUGAACGACCUCGAGGCCUGCCAAACCAAUCAGGCAAACGGCAUUGAUGGAUGCUUGGAUCCACAGUCCAUUCCAUCACCGGGCCUGCCAAGGGACAAGAGCUCCGCAAAUGCAAUGGAAAGACACGAACCCUGCGUCAGCAGCAGUAGCCCACCAGAAACGCAUCCAGAGACCCAGCCUGCUGAUAUCCUCGUGCAGCCGACAGAUCUAGUUGAUACCAGCGAGCGUACGGCAUGGUGGAAAGAACGCUCAGAGCAGCUGUGCGAGCAGAUGGCAGUCGAAAGUGUCGCUCGCAGCCUCCAAGACCUACUCUUCCCACAAGCCAGAUACUGA